GCUCUUGGGUGUGGGAGGGGAUGUUCUGGUGUUGCAGGGCCAAUGACAGGGUGCCGGUCCCUGCGGCUGUGCAUCUCUGUUGCCUCCGCCACCACUCAGUGCCAACUUUUGCUUUUGCAAGCACCAGCACACUUCUCCUUUGCACCCUGCAACAGGUGGCUGCAGCGUGGACAGGACAGGACAGAACCACUGGGAGCCCCAUGGCCCAGAGCGUGCUCUACGCUGACCUGAGAUUUGCCAAGGGGCCAGGGGGCCACGGCACAGCCAGCCAGCUGCUGGAGGCAGCCAGCUCAGAUGACACAGACAGCCCCUAUGAAAAUGUUAUACCAGGAUCAGCACCCACGGGGACAGCAGGGGAAGGGACCCAGCACAGCCCAAGGCAGUGGUCCUGGAGGCGCUGUGUCCCCGCGGGGCUGCUGGCAGCCAGCCUGCUGCUGUUGGUGGCCCUGGUGGCCGUGGGGACCUGCUACUGGCAGGUGACCCGCCAGCUGCAGAACAUAUCCCUGGAGCAGGCGGCCGAGCGCAGCCACUUCUCACAGGAGGCACAGGUGUGGGAGCAGAGCCUGGAGCAGGCACAGCAGGAGCUGGCACAGGUGCAGGAGGAGCUCCAGCAAGCAUGGCAGGAGGGCAACAGCAGCCAGCAGGAGCUGGCAAGGAGGGAGGCCGAGCUGGUGCGUGUCUCGGGAGUCCUGGAUGCGACCCAGAAGGAGCUGCAGGAUGUGCAGGAGAAGCUCAGUGCCAGUGAGCAGGCAGCAAGCAGCCUGCGUGUCUGCCUGAAUGCCGACUGCUGCCCCUCGGGCUGGCUGCUCUACCAUGGCAAGUGCCUCUUCAUCUCGGCACUGAAGAAGAGCUGGUGGGACGGCCAUUGGGAUUGUGUGGGGAAAUCCUCCCAGCUGCUGGUCCAAGGCGGAUGGGAGUCGUGGAUGCUGCCGCAUUUUCUGCAAGCAGAUGGUGCCAAGUACUGGAUAAGGAGAGAAGACCCUUACAGCUCGAAGUGGUAUGAUUACAGUGGAGACUGUGCACUGUUAGUGGCUGGGAAAAUGCAGAGCUUUCCAUGCAAGAAGCCUUACCCAUGGAUCUGUGAGCAGCCCCCAGCUCUGAGCAGAGUGUCCGAGAGCCUCACUCCUCUCCUGACCAAGGACUGACCCUGCUGCCAGCCCCUCCACAUCACAGGCCUGCAGAAUUAUCCCCACGCUGUGCAUGCAUUGCUUCCAACGUGUGGCAAAGAACUGAGAAAAUGGUCCAGAGAAGUUGCCUGUGUUUUAAAGGAAGACUUAUGAAAAAUAGACCUCAUUCCCCUUUCUUACAUGCAUGCAUGUACCAUGGCCAGUCUUUCAUGGUGAUACCAUGUUGGAUUCAUGGGGGUAUUCAGGUUGGAUAUGAGAAAAAAUUUCUUCUCUGAAAGAGUGGUGAUGCACUGGCACAGGCUGCCCAGGGAGGUGGUGGAGUCACUGUCCCUGGAGGUGUCCAAGAACCGUGGAGAUGGGGGCACUGAGGGACGUGGUGAGUGGGGGUGGCUUGGGGUGGACUGGAUGACCUCAGAGAUCUUUUCCAACCUUAAUGAUUCUAUGAUUCUGUGGUUCUACCUGAGGAAGGUGUGAGCAGCAGUGCUAUCAGCAUGAGAAACAGACUGGAAGUCCUGAGAGGAAAUGAGGGUGCAGUGGGGAGCCCUGAGACCAUAAGGGGAAAGGAAGGAGCUCUGAGGCCAUGGAAGGAAAUGGAGGUGCAGUGAGGAUCCUGAAAACCAUGGGGUAGGUGGUGAAAGCUUGGGAACACAGGGGAGAACCCUGACUCCAGGGAGAAAAGAUUCUAACGACAACAUCAGCAGUCAGCGAUGGGGCAGCUGUAAAGCCAAAGCACUUCCCAAGGCAGACAGGUUAGGAACAUCAGUGGGACCAUCAUAGCCAUCUUCAAAAAGUGUAAGAGGUGGUGGCUGUGCAGAGGAUGUGAGCAGGGCUCAGUAUGGGGUGGCUGAGAGCCAUGACCAGAGGGCACUAUGAGCAUGCCAUCAAGAUCCAGGAAUGAAACUUGCCAACCCAAAGGAAGGUUGGAAAGCUGAGUACGCAUGUGCUGUGUUAAUAUGGGGUUCUUGCAAGGAAGUUUUUGGUGGUUGUGAGGUACCACAAGGAGGUGUUACCCAGGCAGAAACUCAUGUGUUACACAAGCCAGGUCCCGUAUAUGGCCAGGAACUUAUUUUCAAAAAACACGGGUGUUGACUAAGUUUCUAAUCAGCACUUUUACCUUGUUAGGCACCUAUCA